AUGAAUAAUAAUUAGAGUUAGUUUAGAAUUUAGACAAGAUCAGUAUCUGCUGAAAGAAUAAUGAUUAUAUUGUAAAGUUUAGAUUAAGUUGUUCCUUAAUUAUAACAAAAAACAAUGAGAAUAGAUAAUGCAACAACAUUUUUGGACAUUAAAUAAGUAAUAUAGAGUAGUCUUGAAACACAAGAGAAUAUCGAAUUAUAUUUUUAGAUGGAUCAACCGUAUACUGGAAAUUUGAAUGAGUUAGCUCUGAACAAAAUUAAAUAAGACAAAAUAAAAACUAUAUACUAUAAAAAUAUUAGAAGAAAUAGGUAACAACCUCAUAAUCUCAUUAGUGACAUCUCGCCACACAAAAUAAUAAGAAAACCAUAAGAAUAGAGAGCCUAAUUGAAUGAGAGAAGUCCAAACUACAAGAAUCUCGUUUCACCAAAUUAAAACAGGAUUCAAUUCGAAAACCCUGAAAGAAAUAAUAAUAAUUAGAGAAUUAUUUUAAAUCGAUAUAAAAAUAGCUAAUUUAUGAGGUAAGUCUAUAUUGAUUAUCCUAAGAAAUUCUUAAGAUUUGGGUAAAGUAUAGCAGGCUGAAUUUUAAAAAUAAAGUCAAGAGUGGGUUAAUGAAAAAAAAUUACUGCUUAAGCAACUCAGAAUGAAUAGCUUAAAAAUGUAAGAUUUAGAAUAAGAAAAUACAAGCUUAAGGUUAUUAUUUUAUUAAUUAAUAAAGCUUAUUUAAUAAAAAACUUUCUGAUGAGCUAGCCCUUUUGAAGUAGAAUUUUUCUGAAUUUGAAAAUCUUCAGCUUGAAAACAACCUAAUCAAGUAGUAUUCAUUUAUAUGCUAGAGAUGAAAUCGAUAAGGCUAAGCUUUGUCAUCAACAGAUGCUUAUGGAAAACAGUUAAUUAAAAGAAUAGAAUUCUCAACUCCUCAAGUAUUAAUUUUUAUUAAGUAAAGGGAAUUGCAUAAUUUAAAUAGUCUCUAAUAAGAAAAUCAAAGACUUAUUCAGAUAAUAAAUGAUUCUAGAGAAAAAGCUAAUUAAAAUUCUUAAAAUUAAAUAUAACGUCCAAAUUACUUUAAAAUUAUAUCAAUAGAUGAUGGAAACUCUCUGCAAGAUUUAGAAUAACAAUAGAAUUAAUAGUAAAUAUAGAAUCUAGCCCAAAUGUUGAAAAAAAAUAUUCCAUCAAAUUUAGAUUCUCAGAAUAACAAUUUGAUAAAUAUAUGUGGCCAUGCAAUUUCAUCAUAAUAAUUAGCAGAAAUUAUAGUUAAAGCUUUCUUUAAUAAACGGAAGGCUUUAUGUAACUAGUGUAGUUAACCACUAACAUCGAAGCUUUGCUUAUAAGAUUAGUCUUUAGGAAGAAAUUACAUAGAAGAGUAAAACAAAUCUGAUUGUUCAAAAUUAAUAAACUUUAUCUACUAAAAGAUUAACUCACAUUCUUAAUCAUUGGCAAAAUGUAAAAAUUAAAAUUGUAAUUUUUUUUGCAUAUGGUAACAUGAUUAGCAAAACUAAUAAGAGAGAAACUUUUGCUCAAUUUGUUUAAAACAAAGUGUGAUCAACCCUUUUCUACCAGAUUAAGUUUUAUAAGAAAUCAGUUAAAGAUUGUGA